AUGUUCACAAGAUAUUAUAGUCGUCGUCGUUUAAAAAAAUUACUGAUUUCAGUUAUUUUAUUGAUAAUCGUCGUAUUUUUUUUUCGUCUUCAAAAUAUUUCUUUAUUCAAUCAAGUUUUAUAUCAAACUUAUUUUAAACAUUUAAAUAUAUCAAAUCAAAUAUCUAAUCAUACCAUAUCACAAUUGAAUUCAAUAACAGUAGUACAAGCCUCUUCAUCUUCAUUUACAACAUUACAAAAAGCACAAAAAGGUGUUUUAUCUUUAAUCGAAUUUGUUAAUCCAGUCUUUUUAAACUUAGAAUCUGUAUCAUCGAAUAUUAUACCGAUUAUAGUAUUAUCGAAUGCAUCUAACAUUGAACGACGUGAUGCAAUACGACGAACAUGGGGAUUUAAACAAUCAUAUCGAAACAAUACAAUACCAAUCAAAGUAUUUUUUCUUGUUGGUAUCGAUGAUUUUACAAUGAAACGUAUACAUGCAGAACAGUUAAUUUUUGAUGAUGUUAUUCAAGUCUCUAUGCCUGAUAUGUAUUCAUUUAUUGCUUAUAGAGAACUUUCUGCAAUGCUAUGGGUAAAAUCAUAUUUACCAAAUGUACCAUUCUAUAUCAAAACUGAAGAUAAUGUUAUAAUUAAUAUGAAACUUAUUAUCAAUAAAUUUUUACCAACUAUUGAACGUAUUACGAAGGAAAAUGUAGUUAUUGGUUGGUUUGGUUUAGAACAUUCAGUUUCAAGAGGUCGCUAUCAAAAAUUUAUCGAUGCUAUGUUACCACCAUUAAAUGUUGAUUUACAUUAUGCUAUGAGUUUACUAUAUGUUAUAACAUCAAGAGCUUCUGAUCGUAUGCUUGAUGCAAUAAGUCAUAUUAAUCUUAUCGAACAUCCAGGUGAUCCAUUUGUAACAGGUAUUCUUCGAGAUGCUGCUCAUGUUCAAAUGAAAAAUUUAGCAACAUUUUCUGAAGAUUUUAAAUAUGUAUUGAGUAAUGGAGCAUGUGGAAAAACACUUGAAAAAAAUUCAAAACUAUUAUUUUGUACACCAUUAUCAUCUAUGUAUACUAUACACGAUUAUUUUGAUGCAUGGAAUAUAAUUCUUAGUCAAAAUUAA